AAACCCGGAAAACAGGUUACGUCCCUUUUACUACGGGAUGUUGACAUGACGGUUUGAAGCCGAACUUUCUACUUCUUUAUCGCUGGCGUCUUCGGACUAAAGAAUAACAUGAUGUCGUUAAAACCAACAAAAUACCAGAAGCGAGAAAAUCCCAACAGUGACUUCUGCUGUGUACCACAGUGCUCCAUGUCGGGGAAAUUCAACUCCGCCGUAAGUUUCCACCACUUUCCAAAGAAUGAAAACUUGAGAAAAAUAUGGACACGUAAUGUGAGACGUGAAAAUUUGGUAAUUAAGAGGACAACAACAGUCUGCAGUAGGCAUUUCAUGCCCACUGACGUCAUCCAGGGUGGGAGACGGCGUUUAAAGGAGGGUGCUGUACCUGUGCUUUUUGCCUGGAACGACUACUCUCAGCCGGAAGUCAGACCGAGUGUCCGAGAGAGGACAGAGCGACCAGAGGAGGAAACGAUCGAAGAGAACGAGACAAAUGUUGAUUUGUUACUUCGGUGCCAUGAUUAUAAUGCAAGACCAGAAGUAUCAGAUCUGGAUACAGCACAGAAGAUUAUAGAGGCGCAGCAACAGGCGAUAGAGGAGCUGAGGAAGCGACUGGAGGAGGUCACACUGAAACAGUCGUUUGGUUUGGAGAGGUUUCUGGCAUCAGAUGAUGACAUUAGACUCUAUACCAGGUUUGCCAGCUAUCGCCAUCUUCAGGCAUUUUGGAGACAGAUUGAACCUGCGACAGAAAGAAUUGUGCGUGUUGGUGGUACAUGUUCAUCCACUCCCAGUGCAACAGCACCUCUUGACAAUUCCACUGAUCUACUUCGUCGACCGAGCCGGUGCCUUCCAAUGAUUGAUGAACUGUUCCUGUUCUUGAUGUACCUGUCACUGGGUCUGAAAGAAAGAGAUUUGGGUAAUCGUUUCAACAUUCAUCAGUCUACCGCCAGCAGGAUCAUCCAAACCUGGGUCAAUUUCUUGUACACCUUACUCAGCGCUGUUGGGAUAUGGAUGUCUCCUGAGACAAUAAGAACAUCAAUGCCCAGUGUGUUUGGCAAGUACUCUGACACUCAAGUCAUUGUUGAGUGUACAAGGAUAAGAUGUCAGAAGCCGUCAUCUUUACUCUUGAGUGAGAUGUUUACUCACUAUAAAUCCCACACUACGCUGAAAGGAAUGAUAGGUGUGUCACCGCAUGGUGCUGUCACUUUUAUUUCCUCAUUGUAUUCUGGCUCUAUCAGCGAUGAAGAGUUGUUCAGACAAUCUGGCAUUAUCCCUCUUUUGGAUAAAGACAUGGCUGUAAUGGUGGACAAGGGAUUCAGAAUUGAUGAGCUAGUACCAUGCAAAGUUUACAGACCUCCUUUUCUGAGUAAAAAGUCACAAAUGUCUCAUGAUGAAGUGCUGGUCACUCAGGACUUUGCACGGUUAAGGAUACAUGUGGAGAGGACAAUUAGACACAUCAAAGACAACAAACUAUUUGACACCAUUAUUCCUCUGACCCUUGCUGGUAGUAUCAACCAGCUUUUUGCAGUAGCCUGCCUCCUAAGUAACUAUCAAAAUAAACCACUGGUCGAGGUGUGAGCACAGUAAUGUUCUGUGUGUUAAGUUGACACAGUCAGCCUCCCUGGUUACUUGGACAUUAAAUGGUAUGUCAGUUGCAUGAAUGUCUUCAGUCUUCUCAGUUUUAUAAUGGUUCUCCCUCAUUUCUUUUUCUGUGAUUUUUAAAAAGUGACACCUUUUCACCAAGAGAUUAAAAUCUGUUUCAUUUUAUGAGGUGUCGGUACCAAGUUACAUGUUUUGAGUCUGAAUAGUGUAAGACAUGAAAGCAAGAGUAUAAGCCGAAUGUAAAAUAUGAGAUGAGAACAUUGAAAGCAGUCAUGAUUCACGUAUUGUAUAUUAAAUGCUUUUUCUAAUGACAAUCUGUAUAAAUAAAUUUUUGCCUUUUGAUUGCAGAACACGCACUAUCUGAUUUUUGUAUGACAAUUUGUCAAAAACUGUCCUUUUUAAAACCUAUUGCUUCUUUGGGAAGCUAAUUUAGAAUUUUACUACAGAAAUAAUUCAAAAAGGGAUGCAUGAAAUAAUUUUCAAAACAACACUCUCUGGUCCCGUUUAUUUUCCAGCUAAUUUUGAAGGAACAGUUUAAAAGCCUAAACUGUGUUUAUUUGUCUGAAAUAAAAGUUUUGACACCUGCCGGUUUUUGCCCACAGCUUCACAAUUCCACAAUAAGGGACCUUUAGGCUCUUUUGGAGACAGACAGGUACUUCUGCAUGUAAAGGUUAAAGUAUAACUGGUCAGCCUUUUUUCUGAUGACUCCCGUUACUUUGGGGUCAAAAUAGACUUGCUGUACCAGCAUGUCUUCCUGGGCACAAAUCACAAGGUCACACCACUGCAGGCCACUUAUCAGUAGUUGACCCUGCACCUGCCAGUUGUUGGAGUGGCUUUCGCAGAGUGCCUAAGUGCCAUACUGCAUUUUAAGGUAUUUACAACCCACAUAGUUCUUCUCAUCAGAGCACUUUAUCUCAACCAGUCUAAAUGCUGGCUGAUCAAAUAGAUCGAAGAUCAAGUCAUCUGGUGAGGCAGUAAGCCAGGGGACAUCUGUGUGGACAACAAGGCUGCAGGGAGUGUAGUUGACAUUUUUCAUUUUGCAGUAUUCAACUGCCACCUCUAACUCCUUGUCUGCCCUUCUUCUUAUGUCUCCAGUUUUAAUUGUUCCUUUUGAGUAUUCUUUCUGCUAGACCUGCAGAGCUCAGUCCCCUCACAAAGCACACCUCAAAAAUGUGAAGAGGUUAUUCUGGACCUCUGGAGAUGAUGCCACCCCUGAUCGAUCAAUAUUAUGGGCCAUGUCCAUUGUGGGCAUCAAACUUUUAAGUUGAAAGUGCUCCUCCUCAGUACUCUGUCGGGGCCAGUCUGGACUCCCUAAGAGCCAAUGGUGGGUAAGGUGGAUGAUCUUGGUGCAUUUCACUGCCUUUGUGGGUCGUAUCAGUUGCUGGUAAGAGAGCACGCUUCCCUUUUGUGCUAAGCCCAAAGCUGUCUCAACAACUGUCUUCUCUAAUACCCAUCGUUGCUGCAAGAGGUUUAUCUGUAACAUGAAAGUCUUUGUUUGUGUCCACAAUUUGGAGCAAUGAGAUAUCAAGCGGAUCACCCUCCAGGCCCUUGUGCAGUGUGCUUCUGUGAAAGACAAUCAUGGCUAUGACUGGUGCAUUUUAAAACAUUUAAAUAAACAUAAACAUAUACAGACCCUUUUCCCAAAAAAUAGAAUAUCAUGGAAAAGUUCAUUUGCGGUAUAAAAAGUGCAAUAUAAAUAAAAGUUUAUUUGAAUUGACUUGUGAAGGAUCAGAGAUAAAUCAGUGCCAACUCAACAUUAUAUAGCGCUUUCACAACAGCCACAGCUGUACAGAAAACAAAAUAAUACAAUCACAACUCAUGAAACAAAAUCUCCUUCAUUCAAAAUACACCAUAGCUCAUUCCACAUUGACACUUUGCAUAAAGGAGUUACAGAUCAGUUUCAUUCCUUCUGGCCUUGUGCCAUUGUUGCUCUUCAUCUGUGCUGGCAUAGACGGGGAACAACCUGCACUUCUGAAUAGUGUGCAGUUUGAAACUGCAAUGCAACUGUGUGGUUACACACUGCAGAGCCAGCUACACAUAAGCAGUGACUUGAUAGGAGGAUGACUGGGUCUGAGUUCCGAAGGUCUACCUACACAAAAAAUUUGAGACAUUUUUACAAGCACACACACAAAUGCCACCAAACAGUAUAAGUAGGUCUCUGGGGCAAAUUUUGCAAUAACCCCAAAUCUGAAUUAGUUUUAACUGUAAAAGAGGGAUUUUUAUCUUGGAGGGCCUGAUUUUGAAUAACAUGGAAUUAUGGGUGAUACUCAAGGAUUUACAGUCCGAGUCUGUUGCGCAUUUUAUUAGCAAGUAGACAAACAACAGUUUUACUUAUCCUGAGAGGCAAUAGGUAUGUCACUAAAUCCAGAAAAAUGGCCACCAUUUUCUUUUCAUUUUUAUUGUGCAGGAAUUUGGCCACGUGGAGGUCCACCAAAAUUGCAAUAGUGUUUCGCGCAAUGUAAUACUUGUUCUUUUCAGAUUACGUUGUUGGGAAAUCCCUUUAUCACCUUGUUUUUGAAUGUUUCAAUUCAGUUGAGAUUUUCUUUGGUUAUGGCAAAGAUGAAAAUGUUCCUUGAAUUCGGCAUUGAAAAUCACACGUUCAUAGGACAAAGAAACCUACAUGUUCUUGAUUCACCAUUAUUAUUCUUGUUUUCUGUGAAGUUGGAAGUAAUUCCAGCGAUGCGAUUGCUCCAAGUUUGACCCUUAAAAUGAUAUAGCUUGAGCGGAUGCCACCAUUGAAAAAUCAGAAAAUGGCCUAUUUUUACGUCACGUUUUUGUCUCACCUAAUACAUCUGGGCGUUUUUCUACGAAAGAGUCAAGGUUUCGGUCACAAGUUUCCUAAUAAUUUACAUAGAUUUCUGGGCAAAACAUUUUGGCAAAUUUCCAACAUAAAAAGUGCCAUUUAAAAUGUAUCUGAUUCUUACAAACUAGGUCUUAUUUUAUUAAUGUAAUGUAACGGACUAUUGCAAUAUUAGUCAGUCGAACUGCUCUAAGUGCUAGAGGACUCUGCAUCUUUUGCACAAUUGUCAAUUUUUUUUUAUAAAUGUACCGGCAUUACCAGAUAACUAUUAACUCUUUAUUGCUCAGUGACUGUUUUUUGUCAAUGUCUUUAUGUCUCAAAAGUGUUCUCUGUCAAUUGACUGUCUGUUGUCGUACGAGAGCGGCUCCAACAA